GUCCGCACACACACACCAUUUGUGUGCACAAUUUUCUGCUCAGCUUUCUCUCUAUUUUUCCCCCCUAUAUCCAAAUCUGCCCUGAAACAUGGACGGCGAAUGGAGGAGGUCACAAAACGCUGCAGAUCGUGCAGAAAAAAUGGGCGCCCAACAGUCCGGAAAUAGUAAAAAUAAUAAACAAAACAGUAAAAACAAAGCAUUUUAAGGAAGAAAAAAAAAAAAAAGAAAAAAAAAAACACGAAAAAGAAAGGGGCUGCAUGCAAAAGAGAAGAGGACGCAGUGCAGUCAGCUCCAGUCUCACUGUUGCCGUGCAAAACAAGUGUGUGUGGUGACAGAGAAGAGCAGGUUGCUGCCAUGUACAAACACGCUAAAGCAGGGUCAGCAGUGCCCAGCUGUCUGUCCAUGAAGAGUGAUUUCUCAAUUGACGCCCCUCCAGAUUUAAAAAGUGAACCAAAAACAUCAAGUGACAAGAAUGCUAAGGAGUUUCCAGUAACAAGUCUUGAGAGUCAUUUCUCAAUUGAUGCCCAUCCAGAUUUCGGCAAUGAACCAAAAACAUCAAGGGACGAGAAUGACAAGUUUCCAGCAACAAGUCUUGAGAGUCGUUUCUCAAUUGAUGCCCAUCCAGAUUUCAGCAGUGAACCAAAAACGUCAAGAUGGAGAAAUAGAUCCUCAAAAAGGAGACAACAGCAAGGGGAACAGAGUCAAAUCCCCCUUAAACACGUGGAAGCUUUAGAAGAAGAACUUAAGAAGACAAAUAGAACAAGAUUUGAGUUCGUGCUGGAAGGCAUCAGUGAAGCAGGAACCGGAACGCUUCUCAACAGGAUCUACACAGAGCUCUACAUCACCAGCGGACCGACUGAAGGGGUUAAUACCAAACAUGAGGUGCAGCAGCUUGGGAAGAUUCACAAGGUGGACACCCUCCAAGAAACAGCAAUCAAGUGCAGAAAUAUCUUUGAUACCUUUCCUGGUACAAAAAGACCAGUCAGAACAGUUUUGACGAUGGGCAUCCCUGGCAUCGGAAAAACAUUUUUGGUGCAGAAGUUCAUUCUGGACUGGGCGGAAGGCUUGGCAAACCAAGACGUGAAUCUCAUGGUCCUUCUCUCAUUCAUGGAGCUGAACCUGAUCAAAGAUGGGCAGUACAGUUUUCUUGACCUGAUCAAGCUUUUCCACCCAGUUUUAAAGAUGGUCACAGCAGAGAAGCUUGCUGCGUGUAAAGCUGUUUUCAUCUUAGAUGGAUUAGAUGAAAGCAGACUUUCUCUGGACUUCAAGAACAAUGCUGUUGUGUCAGAUGUCACACAAACAGCCUCAGUAGAUUCGCUGCUGACAAACCUGAUCAAGGGGAACCUGCUUCCCUCAGCUCUCCUGUGGAUAACCUCCACACCUGCAGCAGCCAAUCAGAUCCCUCCUACAUGUGUCGACAGGGUAACAGAAGUGCGAGGGUUCACUGACCUCCAGAAGGAGGAGUACUUCAGGAGGAGAUCCAGUGAUGAGGAGCUGUCCAGCAGAAUCAUCUCACACAUCAAGGCGUCCAGGAGCCUCCACAUCAUGUGCCACAUCCCAGUCUUCUGUUGGAUCACUGCUACAGUUCUGGAGGACAUGUUCAGCAGGAACAAGACAGAAGAGUUUUCCAUGAGCCUGACAGAGAUGUACGCUCGAUUCCUUAUGAUUCAGAUGGAAAGGAAGAAGAGGAAGUACAACCAGAGUGAACCGGGGCUUGCGGAACAUGACAGGGAAGUUCUUCUGAAAUUCGGCAAGUUGGCAUUUGAGCAACUGUUGAGAGGAAACUUUGUGUUCUACCAAGAAGACCUGGAGGAGUGUGGUCUUGAUGUGAGAGAAGCCUCGGUGUACUCAGGAGUGUGCACAGAGAUCUUCAGAUCAGAGUGUGUGCUCUUCAAGAGAACGGUCUACUGCUUUGUCCAUCCAAGCAUCCAGGAGUUUCUUGCUGCCGUCUAUGCUUCUUGCUGUUGCACGAGCACAAACAUGGUGUCCUUGAAGCCGUUCUCCACAGACGACUGCAGACACACAUCCCUCAAUGAUUAUCUCGACACAACCAUGAAUGAGGCCAUCAGCAGUAAGAACGGCCACCUGGACCUGUUUGUCCGGUUCCUUUGCGGCCUCUCGCUUGAGUCCACACAGAAACUCAUGCAACACCUGCUGGGUCCAAUUGAGAGCAGCCCAGAGAGCACCAGGACGGCCAUCAGGAACCUCAAGAAGAAGUGCACCGGUAGCCUCCCACCUGACAGAUGCAUCAAUAUUUUCCACUGUCUGAUGGAGAUGAAAGAUCGCUCACUGCAUCAAGAGAUCAUGGAUUACCUGAGGUCACAGGACAGAUCGCAGAGGAAGCUGUCAGAUAUCCAUUGCUCAACUCUGGCCUUCAUGCUGCAGGCUUCAGAGGAGGUUCUGGAUGUGUUUGACCUGGAGGCGUGCAACGUGUCCCGGGACGGUCGCCUCAGACUACUGCCAGCUGUGAGGAACUGCAGAAAGGCUCGGCUUGCUGACUGUGGGCUCACAGAGACAAAUUGUAAAGUCCUGGCUUCAGCUCUGAGCUCCAGCCCGUCCCAUCUGACUGAGCUGGACCUGAGCAACAACCGGCUGCAGGAUUCAGGCGUGGAGCUGCUGUGUGUCGGGCUGCAGAGUCCAAACUGCAGGCUGGAGACUCUCAGGCUGUCAGGCUGUAUGAUCUCUGAUGACGGCUGUGCCUCUCUGGCCUCGGCUCUCAGGUCCAACCCGUCCCACCUGAUGGAGCUGGACCUGAGCAACAACCAUGUGGGAGCGUCAGGAGAGAGGCUGCUGUUUGCCGCCAUGCAGGAGCCGGGCUGCCGGCUGCACUGCCUCAGGUUGGAUCCUGAGCUUGAACGCUGAAUCAAACCCAACAUCCCAGCUAGAUAUGUUUGCUAUCUCUCACUGCAUCCUGCUCCCCACUGACAUGGCCCUCUGUCUGAGGCUGGACGGCAGGAAAGGGGCGUGGCCUCCUCAUGUUGCGUUGACGAGGCCACGCGGAGCGAGCUGGUCCACGAAGCGGCGACAUGGAGAGGAACUAACCAAGGAGCAAGACGGUUGCUGUUCCUGCGUCCGGCUCAAGCGAAGGAAGCCCGACUGUCCCGCCGGCUCUCAGACCCUCUGCAGCAUCUCCUCCCAGCAUGCACCACCUCAUCUGCACCUUAUGCUCACCUUCACUGAGCCUCCCCCGCCCCCCAGGUUUAGGCGGUGGGUCCUGUGGUUCUCGCCCAAGAACUCAGAAAAAUGCCAGAUUUCCAGCUGCUGAAGCCACAGAGGAGCAAGAGUCCUCUGACGUGUCGGAGCUGCAGGCACGGAGGCCGACGCUUUGUACAGCGGCGCUCUUCAACGGGACGUUCACGGUUCGCUGCACGUAACUUUCAGGCCCCAGGACGUUUCUGGUCUCCGUCUCAAAGUGCGGUGGUUCUCUGUGUCUGCAGCUCCCAAAGUCACAAAGCCUCAUUUCAAAAAGCUGAAGCAGGAUGAGGCCAAGGAGCCUCAUCGACCCCGACUCUCCAGACUCUCUUUGUGAGUGUGUGUGUGUGUGUGUGUGUGUAGGUGGCAGAUUAUCCACAGUUAUCCUGCUCCAUAUGAAUUAGUAACCCAAUAUUAACAAAAAUAUGUAAAUAUGUAACUAUAUGUUAAAUAUUACAAAUGAAAUCGCCUACAUUUAUUAAAAAAUAUUCAAGCCCGUGUUUGGAAGUUUAAAACACCAAAAACUGGUUUGAAACGCUUACAAACUCAACUUUUAAAUAUUGAUAUUAAUCUGCAUUUUACCCGAGAAAGUUACGUCACAGACAGCACACAAAAUACUUUUUUUAUAUAAACACAAAAAAAUUAAAAAAAAAAAGCUUUUUUUAAAAAAAGUGCAUUAGUAGUCAGUACAACACUGAUUAUGUAAGAGAAUAAUAAUUGUAUGAUGCAUGAUUCUGCUCAGAUGUAGUUGAACAGAUUGCUUAUCAUUAGUGUUUUGAUUGUAGUUGGACAAUUUAGUUCUAUGGCUGUUAUGACUUUUUUUACUCUUAUCAACAUACUGAGAGAAGUUUUCUUCAUAUACCUUUUUCCUGUUUUUGUCACACUGCCUGUUUAAUGAACUGUAUGAACAGCAAGAUUUUGUUACGUGAUAUAGGUAUGACCAAAAAAAAAGAAAAAAAAUGGAUGGUGGAAGAUGGAAAAUUGUGUGUAGAGUAGGUUAGGAUUAGAUUAGAUUAGAUUAGACAGCGUGUGUAAAGUGUCCAGACAGGAUUAAGUUAGGAUGAGUGUGAUUAGACCAGCGGUUAAGCUAAUUUUUUUUUUGUUGUAUUCACUAUGUUUCUGAGUCUUUUCUGUUUUAACCUUUUAGCAGCAAAUUCAUCUGAUGUGCAGAAAAAGGGGUGAUUUCUAUGAAAUGACCUGAAAAUGAGCAGGAAAUUAUGAAAAGUACAAGAAAAUGAUAACAAUUAUGUGUUUUCCUGAAAACACAUAAUUAUAUAGUUUUCUUUUAAAUUUUUUAAAUUAAAAACAAAAAAUGUAAAAAAAAAAAAAAAAAAAAAGAUAAAUCGCAAGAGAAUUACUAUACAAAUACCUCAAAUUCUUCCAAAAAUUGCCACACUAAAUGAAUAAAAUACAAAUACAAGAAAAUCACCUCCCUCCAAAAAAAAAAA